ACAGCAAGAGGAAGGAGGAAAAAUAAUAAAGGCUGAUAGCGUUCUUUUUGGUUUCCCUUUCUACCAAGAGAUGAUGUUUUCGUCUGCAGGCAAGCGCUGCUUCACGAUAGAGUCUCUGGUCGCUAAAGAGAACCCUCUAACGGCAGAGGAUCCCAUCCGCCCGACGGCUUUAAGUUACUCCAACCCGACGACAGAUGCCUUAAUGAACAGUUACCAGGCUCCACCACCGGCCAGGUCCCUCUACCAGAGCCCAGACCUGGUGUUCCCGGAGACGAUGAACCACCCCUCACUCACCGUGGCUCCUCACCAGCUCGGAGGAUCCCACCUACAGCAUCCGCACUUCUUUGGGACGCAACACCGAGACCCGCUCAACUUUUACCCCUGGGUGUUACGGAACAGAUUUUUUGGACACAGAUUUCAAGGUAACGACGUGUCCCAGGACAGCCUGCUCCUCCACGGCCCUUUCGCGAGAAAACCCAAACGCAUCCGGACGGCCUUCUCUCCCUCCCAGCUCCUCCGGCUGGAAAGAGCCUUCGAGAAGAACCACUAUGUGGUCGGAGCCGAGAGGAAACAACUGGCCAACAGCCUGAGUUUAUCUGAAACGCAGGUGAAGGUGUGGUUCCAGAACAGGAGGACCAAGUACAAGCGACAGAAGCUGGAGGAGGAGGGACCAGACAGCCAGCAGAAGAAGAAGGGGAACCACCACAUCAACAGAUGGCGCAUCGCCACUAAGCAGACCAGCUCCGAGGACAUUGACGUGACCUCAGAGGACUAAAUCUGCCGUCCAGCCUCUGACAAUGCUGCCCUACCCCUGCGUCUGCUUGUGACGCAUCAGAGGACCAAUACUAUUUAUUAUGUAAUAUUAUUAAGUAUAAUUAGACACAUUAGAGGAAGACUCGAGGACUUAAUAUGUGAUCACUGCUCAUCUCUUCAUCAAGGUGCUAUACUCUGUGACACUGGGAGGGGUGGGGGGGGCAUCUUAUUUAAUGAAAUCUCUUCUGAUUGUCUCUGGAUGAGGAGAGAUUCUGUCAUCAUUUGAUCAUUUUGGUUGUGUGACAGCCAAACACGAAGAGACAUGACACCCUCUACCAUGGUGUUUUUGUUGUUUUGUUUUUUUAAUUGUACAUAGACCAGUGAAGGUUACGUGUUUCAUGAAAGCUGUU